CUGUUGCAGGGCGACAGCAGCAGCACCGGGGCAUGGGUAGGGUUGCCAGCCCUUGAGUGUAAUUCCGUGUGGGAGGAGGAUGGGUGUGUUCGAGUGUAUCUUUCCUUUUCUCUUCACGCGCUCUGCUGUGCGCACAGACUGAAGACAAAGCGCAGAGAGGAGUCCACCUCUCCUUUCCAUGUGAUGUGCAGCCGGUCGGUGAGGGCGCAACAGUAAUCUCAGAUACAGUCCACGCAUUGUUUUUUUUGUUUUUUUAAAGAUUUUAUUUACGCUGCAUGGACAGUUAACCAAGUGCGCCUCUGCUUUUUUUUCCGCGGGUGUCCACUCACUUAGUGCUAGCCCUCCCUCCUCUCCAGCUUCAACAUUUGUGAAGUGGCUGCCUCACCCGCUCGGACCGGAGGCCGUCCGGUCUCUGAUCUGGUUUCUGGAGUCACCGGAGACUCGACGCGCUCCGUCAGGGCCAGGCUGUGCGGCUCCCGGAUCACACCCGAGCCACCCCAAGCUCUGGCGAUGGAGAUGAUAGAGGGAGACGUUAUGGACAAACUAGACGACAUGUCAUCGGUGUACGACUUCGACCCGAUCACCGGCAACAUCCCCGCCACCAAAGUAGAAAUCACCGUCUCCUGCAGAAAUCUGCUGGAUAAAGACACAUUCUCCAAGUCAGAUCCAUUAUGCGUGCUCUAUACGCAAGGUGUUGAAACCAAACAGUGGAGAGAGUUUGGCAGAACGGAGGUGAUAGACAACACCCUAAACCCAGACUUUGUUCGAAAGUACAUCUUGGACUACUUUUUUGAGGAGAAGCAGAACCUUCGCUUUGACUUGUAUGAUGUCGACUCCAAAAGCCCAGACCUGUCCAAACAUCCUGCAGAACUCAACGACUUUUUGGGUCAGACGUUCUGUACUCUUGGGGAGAUUGUGGGAUCACCAGCCAGUCGACUGGAGAAACCACUGGGAGGGAUCCAAGGGAAGAAAUGUGGCACUAUCGUCUUGUCCGCAGAGGAGCUAAGCAAUUGUCGAGAUAGCGCCACUAUGCAGUUCUGUGCCAACAAGCUGGACAAGAAGGACUUCUUUGGCAAGUCGGACCCUUUCAUGGUCUUCUACAGAAGCAACGAAGAUGGAACGUUUACUAUCUGCCAUAAAACAGAGGUGGUGAAGAACACAUUAAAUCCAGUGUGGCAGCCUUUCACUAUCCCAGUACGAGCACUCUGCAAUGGAGACUUCGACAGAACAAUCAAGGUGGAAGUGUACGAUUGGGAUAGGGAUGGCAGCCAUGACUUCAUUGGGGAUUUUACGACCAGCUACAGAGAGCUAGCUCGAGGGCAGAGCCAGUUCAAUGUGUACGAGGUGAUUAAUACCAAGAAGAAAAUGAAGAAAAAGAAAUAUGUCAACUCUGGGACAGUGACCCUGCUCUCGUUCUCAGUGGAGUCAGAGUUCACAUUCUUAGAUUACAUCAAAGGAGGGACGCAGAUCAAUUUCACUGUGGCCAUCGAUUUCACAGCAUCUAAUGGUAACCCAUCCCAGUCCACAUCGCUGCACUACAUGAACCCCUACCAGCUGAACGCUUACGCUAUGGCCCUGAAGGCUGUCGGGGAGAUCAUUCAGGACUACGACAGUGACAAGAUGUUCCCCGCUUUGGGCUUUGGAGCCAAACUGCCCCCUGAUGGACGGGUUUCGCAUGAGUUUCCACUGAAUGGAAACCUGGAAAAUCCAUACUGCAAUGGUAUUGAGGGCAUCUUAGAGGCAUACCACCAGAGUCUGAAGACAGUGCAGCUGUACGGGCCAACUAACUUCGCUCCUGUGGUGAACCAUGUUGCCAGGUAUUCAGCUGCAGUGCAGGACGGCUCUCAGUACUUUGUGCUCCUCAUCAUCACAGACGGCGUCAUUUCCGACAUGGCCCAGACCAAAGAGGCCAUUGUUAAUGGUGCCAAGCUUCCCAUGUCCAUCAUCAUAGUUGGAGUGGGUCAGGCCGAGUUUGACGCUAUGGUGGAGCUGGAUGGUGAUGACAUCAGAAUCUCGUCCCGGGGGAAACUGGCAGAGAGAGACAUUGUUCAGUUUGUUCCCUUCAGAGAUUAUAUGGACCGGACAGGCAACCAUGUGUUAAGCAUGGCUCGGCUCGCUAAAGAUGUGCUAGCAGAGAUCCCCGACCAGUUCAUCUCUUACAUGAAGAGCCGGGGGAUCAAACCCAACCCAGCACCACCUCCCUACACACCGCCUGGACACACACACCACCACACACUGAUCUGAGGCCCUCCUCUUUGCUUUUCACUGAGGAUUGACAGCAUGCAGCAGUCACUCAAGAGUCCAGUGGGAACUCUCUUCCUCCUGUUUUUUGGUACAAACAGGAGCCGAGGCACCAGGAAAUGGGUGUUGAAUUUUAUGCUGUAUUCUCCUAGUGACUAUUGGAGCAGCAUUUUUUUUCAGUUUGUUUUUCUGUGAUUUAUUAAUGAUUAAUUAUUUUUGGAUGAUUUUCCUUAAAGAGAGGCUCAAACUGUCCAGGACUCGUUGGUGAAAGCCUUUUAAUCCCACACUGAGGCAUUGACUGUUUUACGUCUAAUUUGACAGCAGGUUGGUUCAAAAAGGUCAUGUUGUGGUUAAAACUUGUGCCUGUCUGUGGUUGUUUCUCUAAUCGUAUCAGGACAUGUGAACUUUGACCUAAGCCUUGCUCGUUAGUCAUUGGUGUGGCCUAAUGCAGUGAUAUUUUUAGGCACCUUUUCCCUUCUGGAAUUUGUUUUUAUAUUGGGGAAUUAUCCCCAUAUCUGCUAAUGCAUCGGUUAUGAUGAAGGAGAAACUACAGGUAUAUAGUUUACAGUUUAUUACGUUACAAACAUUAAUCAGGCUUUUCAUACCAUGAGGUGUCACCUCAUCUAUUCUUUAUUAGGUAAAUGUUUAUAAGAGCAUGUUGUAUGAGAAGUGACUUUCCCCAUAUCCCAGUAUAUUUAUUCUCCAGUGUUAUUCAGAGUGGCAUGGACAUUUGAUAGUUGAUUAGUUUUGAAGUGGUCAAUUAUUUUCAAAGGAUUGCAGAUAAAAAGCACAACCUGUCUCUGUACCAAGGACAAGAUAAUGAUGAUGCUACCAGGUUAAUUAUACAAUCAUUUUGAGUCACUUUGUACUGUAGCUGCAAUUUAUCAAAACAUACUGAAAAUAUGACUUGUUUAAGGUUCUCAAUAAGGACGAAUAAAUUCCCAUGAAGAUUUUGCACAAAAGGAAUAUUAACCCAUUAAUCAUAACCUCAGUUUCUUCCACAAAAAGUGUAUUGCUUUUGCAAUAUAGCUUACAG